AUUGUUGUGAUAAACUUAUUAAAUAGAUAGUUAUAUGCUUGCUAUUUUGAUGUCUCAUCUGACAUGAUGUAACUGUAGAUGGUUUUCAAGAAGCCGUGACUGUUUCUCAAUUAAUAUAUAAAGAUGGAGUCCAGAGCACGUUUGUUGAUUAAAAGAGAACUGGAGCGACUUAAAAACAGUCCUCUCUGGGGCGUGGAAAUUGAGUUAUACAUAGAUGACAACAUCUUCGUCUGGAAUGUCAAACUAAGAGGACUUCGACAUACUAUAUGGGAAGCCGGAGUAUUCCGAGUGAUUGUGCAAUUCAGUCCUGACUUCAACUACGUGCCCCCUAACAUAUGGUUCCACACAAUCCCCUUCCACCCAAACAUUGAUAUGACAACUGGGCGUCCGUGUCUGAAUCUGUUGCAGUCCUGGUGGUCAGAAGACGUCACAAUGCACUCCAUCUUCAUUUCACUACAGGAAAUGCUGUCCAAUCCAAUUCUGGAAGGAGCAGUUAAUGAAGAGGCAGCCCAUGCUUUGAUUAAUGUCCCCGAAAUCUACAACAAAAUGUGCCAAGACUGCAUUCAAGCCAGCAUUCGCGUCAAUGCCGGUCUUCCACCUUUUGAUCCGACAGAUGAGCUCAGUUUCAUCAAGCAGACCUUUCCCACUCCUCGUGUAAGAGUAGAGUACCCUAGGUCGGCCGAGGAGAAAACGGCGACAGCGGAGGAGGCUAGGAGUCGGACCCAGUUGGUGUCUUUCGAAGAGUACCAGGACAUGUGGCGGACGAUGGGAACCUCGCUAGAAAAGAAAACUGAAGUGGCUUCUUCGGCCCAGAUGCAGGAAUACGAGUCUAAUUCAUUGUUCACCGAGGAGGAAAUGAAAGAACAUCUGCAAAAACAACUUGAACACCACACUGCCAUAAUGUACGGUCGGUUUGGGAAGCAGAAUGUGAAGCCACCUGCGAAGAAGAACAGCAAGAUGGAGAAGGUGGAGAUGAUGAAGAAAGUAUACCUCAAACAACGCACCCUCAACACUCCGCUUUCGACGCACCGAGAGAACACGAUUGACCGAGAGGCGAACGAACUCGUGGAGUGGGCCACCAACCUAGAGGAGAACGAGUUAGACGACUACUAGUUUUCUGCUACACCCUAGUGAAUGUCAAUCUAUCAAAUUAUUUAUGUCGAGUUAGAAGUAUGGAUCGUAAGCUAAAUGUAUCAAAUGUUCAUAUGUGAAUAGAAAAUUAUCUGUAAUCAUACUGUAAAUUGAAAGGAUAU